AAUCUGCAACCUGGCAACGCUGGUUGCAAUCACGCGUGGUUUUGUUUAUAAUCCCCAUGUGUUGAUAAAAACACCGUAUUACAGUAUACUUUUUUGCAUUAUCCAAAUUAUUCAUACUACAGAUUAGUAAUGGAUGAGCAUAGUCUUAAAACGAUUCGAGAGGGAAGUGCGGAAAUUUUUGCUUCGGAACAUGUUUUCUACAAUCCGGUGCAGGAAUUCAACCGAGAUUUAAGCAUAUGUGUACUAUCUACGUUCUCACGACUGUAUCAGAAAGAAAAGGCCACGGAACGUCAGAAAAAAACUGCCGAAGGUGACUCGUCUGUGGACAAAAUUGAACUGGUGGCAGGGCAAAAGUGUGAGUACGGUUUGAGAAUUUUGGAAGCUCUGUCAGCCACUGGACUAAGAAGUAUUCGUUAUGCUAACGAAGUACCCGGAGUCAAAGAAGUCGUAGCAAACGACCUAUCAAAAUCGGCCGUAGAGUCAAUACAAAAAAAUGUGGAACACAAUAAAUUGGAACAUCUCGUCACAAGUAGCUUCAAUGACGCAAUGACUCUAAUGUAUACUUCAGUUCAUCCGACUAAAAGAUUCUCGGCAAUAGAUUUGGACCCAUACGGCCAUCCAACACGCUUUCUAGAUGGUGCAGUGCAAUCCAUUGAGGAUGGCGGUUUGCUGUUGAUAACCGCAACGGACAUGGCCGUUCUAGCUGGAAAUUCUCCGGAAGCAUGUUAUGUCAAGUAUGGCUCUGUUCCGUUGAAAACUAAAGCAUGCCACGAAAUGGCGCUUCGCAUCCUACUAAGAUGUAUAGAAACAACGGCUACGCGUUAUGGACGCUAUAUGGUUCCGUUGUUAAGUGUUUCGGCAGAUUUUUACAUACGUGUGUUUGUCAGAAUCUUCACUAGCCAGUACACUUGUAAGAAAAGUAGCAGCAAGCAAUCGAUGGUAUUUCAGUGCACCGGUUGUGAAUCUUUCACACUUCAACCUUUGGGUAUAUUAAAACCCAACCCAACGGAGCAAAAUCCUAACCAGAUUAAAUUUGGAAUUCCCACCGGACCUUUUGUGAAUAGCAGAUGCUCUCAUUGCAAUCAUCAACAUCACAUGGGAGGUCCGAUCUGGUCCAACGUUUUAUACGAUAAGGAAUUUUUAAAAGAACUAAUGCAGACCAUUGAACAGGAACAGUUUAAAAAACUGACUACAAUCCGACGAAUUUACGGAACGUUAUCCGUAAUACAAGAGGAACUUCAGGACGUUCCGCUAUACUACACUUUAGAUCGCCUCUGUGGUACCCUCAAAUUAGAAGUGGUAUCUAUGAUGAAAUUUCGAUCAGCUUUACUUCACGCUGGUUAUCGUGUUUCUUACUCACAUGCUUGUAAAACGUCCAUUAAAACCGAUGCUCCUGUAUCGGUGAUUUGGGAUAUACUUCGUUGUUGGGCCAAAACGCAUCCAGUGAAGAAAGAACGUUUAAUAGACGGCAUUCCACUAACUACUAUUCUAGCAAAAGAACCUGAAAUGGAGUACAACUUAACUGAUAUUCACCCCAGAGCCAAUCCUCCCAGCAGAAAAGAGUCUCUAAGUAGAUUUCCAGAAAAUCCAGCAGCUCAUUGGGGACCCGGAACUAGGGCCACGUUAAUGGUGAACGAUAACAAAAUGUCUAGAAGCAUUGCAAAUCAAAAUAAAAGAAAAAAAAAUCAAACAAGAGAUAAAAUGCUGUCAACCUCAGAAUUUCCCGAUGAAAAAUCACCCGAACGUAAGCAAUCCAAAACAGAAUUGAACAUGGUAGAGGGCACAUAGACAAAGAAUUUAUGUAUUGAACAUAACUGCGCACGCGAGAAACCAUAGAGACGGCAGAAAAUCAAUCUAGCAUUCAUUGUUGUUUCCAGUCGAGCGAUUAAGAAAACUUUCAGUGGAGUAUAUUGAAUAAAGACAAAUAAAUUCAUUUCAA